CUCCGUAUCAUUUCAUUUCACUACCUUUUAUUUUCCGGAUGUUUUUAUCAUUGUUUACUAUAUUGUCAAUUGCAUCAAAAUAAAUAUCAAGAUGACAGUAGUAGAAGUAUCGAUGCCAGACGGGAUCUCAUCUUCGUCGACGCAAACAACUUCUGUAGCAGACCCGCAUAAAUCGAGGACUACACGUCGACGAAGGAUGGAGAUCCAACGCCUGAAAUCCAGUUUCAAAGAGACGAAACAAAACGACGACGUUAGUAGAACUGACACGUGUUGCGGUGCGGUGUCGGUGAUGGGGAGGAGGAGAGAAAUGGAAGACACAGUAACAGUAAAAAAAGGUUUUACUUUUACUGAGCUAGUAGAGUUUAAAAAAAAGUACGAUUAUUACGGAGUGUACGACGGACAUGGAGGUAGUUACGUGGCGGAAGCGUGUAAAGAUCGUAUGCAUGCGAUCUUACUAGAAGAGAUUCAAAAGAGUGACACGUGGAGGAAUCAGGACGGUUGUGAUGAUCAAGAGAUUGAUUGGGAAGUUUUGAUGAGUAAGUGUUUUGAAAAGAUGGAUGAAGAAGUUGGUGGAGGAGAGAAUAAUGUGGAAGAAAUGACAGUAGGGUCUACUGUUGUUGUUGCUGUUGUAGGAGAUGAAGAGGUUGUUGUUGCUAAUUGUGGUGAUUCUAGGGCUGUUAUUUCAAGAAAUGGUGUUGCUGUUCCUUUGUCUGUUGAUCAUAAGCCGGACAGACCAGACGAAUUGGCUAGAAUUGAAGCUGCUGGUGGUCGAGUGAUCAACUGGAAUGGCCAUCGAGUCCUCGGAGUUCUUGCAACUUCAAGAUCAAUAGGAGAUUAUUAUCUAAAACCGUAUGUAUCAUCUACACCGGAAAUAACGAUUAGCAAACGAACAGAAGCCGAUGAAUUUUUGAUACUCGCUAGCGAUGGUUUAUGGGAUGUUAUAUCUAACGAAGUUGCAUGUCAAGUCGUUAGACGAUGUCUUACAGGAAGGUUUAAAUCCAACGAAGUUUUUAAUCAGAUAAGCAAAAUAAGUAGCAAUAAAGCCGAAGUUGCGGCUGUUCUACUAACAGAACUAGCCAUUGCCAAGGGCAGCAAGGAUAACAUAAGUGUAAUUGUUGUAGAUUUUAGAAAUUUUAGUCGAUUCACUUGUUCAUAAAAAAAAAAGGCUUUUCUAAGAUAAACGUAUCUUCUGAUUAGUCAUCGUAGAAGGAUUGACUUGAAUUUUGACUUUUUUAGGGGUUUUUUUUUUCUUUAUUUUUGACAUUUUGGUGGUUGUAGUUGUUUAGAAGUUUCUUGUACAGCAGAAAUUUGUACCAAAAAAAUAUAUCUGGCAGGUUUAUUCUAUUAUACAGAAAAAAUGUCGGAGAUAUUAUUUCUAAAUGUCAAAUAUAAGCAAAAUUUGUUGA